CAUGCAUCGAGUGUUCGUCUUCACAGCCAGCCAGGCACCGUGCAUCUUCUCGGACUCGCCAGUGCACGUCCUUAGUAGCCGCCGUAGCCCGAUCCCUCAAACCUUCCCAAUUCGGCCGUUACCGAUCAUCCUCUCUCCCCUGUCUCGUCUCUGGCUCUACGGAGUCCACUUACGGUAGUUUCCCCUCGUUAACCGCCCAUGGGCAUGGCCCUAUGCCGCAGGGCCGUGCUCGGCUCCGCCUUCCCCCGCCCCUCCGCCAUCCGCGCUGCCGCCGCACGUCUCUCCGCCUCCCCGCGCCUCUUCUCCUCCGCGCGUGACGGCUUUCUUCUCCCCUCCCCGCGCCGAAUUCCUCCGCCCGCAUCCCGCGUGGCCCUGGUUAGUGCAGCUGCAGCCCCCCCGCGCCACAUUCACACUCCCAGCUCCGCGCGCAGUUUCCGCGCCUCUUUGUGCGGGGCUAGGGCGCUCGCGGGGAUUGGCGGGGGCAACACACAGCUGCUAUCCGCCGCCCGCAGCGGAGACAGGGGCGCGGGUAGCGGCGCAAUAAGGGGAGUGGCCAAUUGCGCAGGCAAAGGCGCAGGGGACGCGCAGCUGCGAUCCGCGGAGGGGAAGGAUGGUGCGGGAGUCGUGCGGAGUAGCGCCGCGCCUGGUGGGGCGGAGGGGGGAAGCGAGGGGCGAGGCAAGGGGAGAGGGGGGAAGAAGAGCAGGUCGAGCUAUGGCGCCGAGCACAUUCAGGUGCUGGAAGGGCUAGAGCCGGUGCGCAGGCGGCCAGGCAUGUACAUCGGCAGCACUGGACCCCGGGGGCUGCACCACCUGGUGUAUGAGGUGGUGGACAAUGCGAUUGACGAGGCACAGGCAGGCCAUGCCACCACCGUGGAGGUGCUGUUGGGAGCUGAUGGCUCCGUGUGCGUCACAGACAAUGGGCGAGGGAUUCCGACGGACAUCCAUCCCUCGACCGGCAAGUCAGCACUCGAGACUGUGCUCACAGUGCUGCAUGCGGGUGGCAAGUUCGGGGGUGACUCCAGUGGUUACCGCGUAUCUGGUGGGCUGCACGGUGUUGGCGUCUCUGUUGUGAAUGCGCUAUCUCAGUGGCUUGAGGCACAUGUGUGGCGGGACGGCAGGCAAUACUCGCAGCGGUUUGAGAGGGGAAUAUCCGUGGGGGGGAUGAGGGUGGAGGAAGUGGCGGGAGCGGGGGUAGACGAGGGGGAAGCACAGCGCACAGGCACACAAAUACACUUCCUGCCAGACCCUACAGUAUUCACCACAACCACCUCCUUUGACUUCACCACCAUUGCUGCGCGCCUCAGAGAGCUCGCCUUCCUCAACCCUCAGGUGGUGAUUCACCUCACAGAGGAGGCGGGCCGCUCAGUGGAGUUUCAUUUUGCGGGGGGGCUGCUGGAGUUUGUGCGGUGGCUGAAUAGCGAGAAGGCUCCAAUGCACGACCCUCAGAGUGUGGAGAUGGAGCGGGACGGAGUCGGGGUGGCGAUCGCAUGGCAGUGGUGCAGCGAUGCGUACAGCGACAACGUGGUGGGGUAUGCCAACAGCAUCCGCACCUCCGAUGGCGGCACGCACAUCGACGGCACCAAAGCUGCCUUUACUCGGACCCUCAAUGCUGCUGCCCGGAAGCAACGCCUGCUCAAGGAGAAGGAGGAGAAUCUGGCCGGGGAGCAUCUGAGGGAGGGGCUCACGUGUGUGGUGGCAGUGAAAGUGGGCAACCCGGAGUUUGAAGGGCAAACGAAGACGCGGUUGGGCAAUCCCGGGGUGCGGAGAAUAGUGGAUGCGGUGGUGAGCGAGGCCUUGACGGAAUUCCUCGACAAGAACCCAGCAGCGUGUGAAGCCAUAUUGAGCAAGGCGCUAGACGCGUACAAGGCUGCCGAAGCAGCGAAGAAGGCUCGGGAGCUGGUUCGGCGGAAGAGUGUGCUAAAGUCAGCCAUGCUCCCAGGCAAACUGGCAGACUGCUCGUGUGAAGACCCGGCCAAGUCAGAGGUGUUCAUAGUGGAGGGCGACUCAGCCGGUGGCAGCACCAAGCAGGGCCGAGACAGACGCUUCCAGGCGGUGCUGCCCCUACGAGGGAAGAUCCUCAACGUGGAGAGGAAGGACGAUGCAGCCAUCUACAAGAAUCAAGAGUUGCAGAACCUCAUCCUAGGGCUGGGGCUGGGCUUGAGGGGAGAGGAGUUUGACCAACGAGCCCUGCGCUACCACCGCAUCAUUCUGCUCACUGAUGCUGACGUGGAUGGGGGCCACAUCCGGACUCUGCUCCUCACCUUCCUCUUCCGCUACCAGAGAGCCCUCUUUGAGAAUGGCCAUGUGUUUGUCGGUGUCCCUCCCCUCUACAAGGUGGAGCUGGCUCGCCACGCGCCGGUCUACUGCUACACAGAGGCAGAGCUGCAGGCUCACCUGCGCUCCCUGCCUGCCUCAGCUUCCCCAACCCUCCAGCGCUUCAAAGGGCUAGGAGAGAUGAUGCCCGUGCAGCUGUGGGAAACAACGCUGGACCCCAGCCAGCGACGGCUGAAGCUGAUCACAGUGGAGGAGGCGGCUCAGGCCAGCGUCACCCUGUCGGUGCUCAUGGGCGAUAAGGUGGGGCCUCGCAAGGAGUUGAUUCAGACUGUGGGAAGUAAGAUGGCGGCAGCUGGCAUGCUUGACAUCUAGCCUUUCCUGGCAUUUUGCCUGCUCCUGUGUUGUUUUUUGGGGGGCAUUGUGGUGUUUUUUUCUUGUCCCAGAUGGGUUGUAUAGCAACAGUUGACCAUUAUUAAGGACAUUGUUUAGAGGAAGCUUAUUAGUCGUUAUAAAAAAUGUAGUGUGCUUAGUUCAUACAACCUGUAUGUACAUUACGUACAAUUUUCAUGGAACUU